CAAAAAUUCACGAUUGCCCGACGACAUCGCAAGCCAUUUAAAGACCGACGUCCCCUGCCGCAUCACCGCCCCCCCGAAACCAGCAGCCCCGAGACCGAGAAGCGCAAUACUCCUCCGUAAUCAGACAACAUGAGGCCCGUUCUUUUGGCAGGUCACGAGCGUGCGCUCACCCAGAUCAAGUACAACUCGGACGGCGACCUCAUCUUUUCCACCUCCAAGGACCAGCAGAUCUGCGCUUGGUACGCGCACAAUGGUGAGCGCCUGGGAACUUACCACGGCCACGUUGGUGCCAUCUGGACCGUCGAUGUCGACCCCACCAGCACCAUGAUUGCUUCCGGUUCCGCCGACAACACGAUGAGACUCUGGGAUAUCAAGACUGGCAAGAACCUCAAGACCUGGGAGUUCCCCACCGCCGUCAAGCGUGUCGAGUUCAACGAGGACGGUACCAAGCUGCUUGGUGUCACCGAGAAGCGCAUGGGUUUCCUCAGCAACAUCAUCGUCUACGACAUCAACCCCGACCCCGAGGCCGAGCAGACCGACGAGCGCGCCCUGACCAUCGUGUGCGACGAGAGCAAGGCCACCGUCGCCGGCUUCAGCUACCUCACCAAGUACAUCAUCGCCGGCCACGAGGACGGCUCCGUCUCCCAGUACGAUGCCAAGAACGGUGACCUGAUCUACAACGAGCCCGUACACGAGCUUAACACGCCCAUUACGGAUCUCCAGUGGUCGCAGGAUAGAACCUACUUCAUCACCGCCAGCAAGGACAAGACGGCCAAGCUUAUCACUGCCAAGGACCUCGAGGUCCUCAAGACCUACACAGCCGAUACCCCCCUCAACAGCGCCACCAUCACGCCCAAGAAGGACUUUGUCAUCCUCGGAGGUGGUCAGGCCGCCAUGGACGUCACCCGCACCUCGGCGAGACAAGGAAAGUUCGAGGCGAGAUUCUACCACAAGAUCUUCGAAGACGAGGUUGGCAGAGUCCGUGGUCACUUCGGUCCCCUGAACACCGUCGCCGCAGACCCCACCGGCAAGGGCUACGCAUCCGGAGGAGAGGACGGCUAUGUCCGUGUCCACCAGUUCGACAAGGGCUACUUCGACUUCAUGUACGAGGUCGAGCGGGAACGGAAGAACAGACAGGAGAACUAAAGAAAGAGGGAGGGACUGAUUGGUUUAACAACAACAAACACAAAAGCAACGCCCUUCUUUUUUACGUCUUCUCGUCUUCUUUCGCGGCUUGCAUUAGUACGGCGUUCUGGGAAAUCUCUGGGGGAUGGUUAGAUUGGUUUUUGUAAAAACCUAGGGCAGUCCGCGAAAAAAACAGACGAACGAAAAAAGAAAUGGCUUUGGUACGGAUGAUAUCAAGACAUUGCUCUCUCUCCUUCGCCCUGGCGCGGAGAGGAACCUCGAGGAUGAGAUGAACCAAGACGACGGACGGGGUAAUGAUGUGUUAUCUGGCACCUACUAGUUCCAACGUAAUUGGGUAUGAUUGAAGCUGCGUGUGCUUAUGUUGGUGUCCACAAUCGAGACGCUUGUGUUAACGGGCAAACUAGAGGAAGGCCCCAUCUCCCAUGGUUUUGGAAGAAGGACGCUUCCUCCUCAAAUCAAGUACGCAUUUCACACAAACUGAGAGCAAAUGUUUGGUGGGAACUACCUGAGGCUCGAACUUGCCUCCUGUAAGGAGUCGUAGUAAUUUAGCCAGAACUAGACAGGCCAGCAGCGACAUCCAGGCGAUGUGCAAAACAUUUAUACACAGAUGUAAAAUGCGAAAAGCAAACACGAAAAAGGAAUACAUACACAUCUACCUACAUACCACCGUCGAUUCAAGAUAAUAACAUAUACAGCGGCAAAAAUUGCAA